AUGCUCCUUCAGGAGGGUACCCACCGCAAGGUGGCUACCCACCGCAAGGAGGCUAUCCACCUCCAGGAGGCUAUCCACCUCCAGGAGGCUAUCCACCUCCAGGAGGUUACCCACCUCCAGGAGGUUACCCACCUCCAGGAGGCUACCCACCUCCAGGAGGCUACCCACUUCCAGGAGGUUACCCACCUCCAGGAGGCUACCCACCUCCAGGAGGCUGCGGACGCCGAGGAUGGACGUCAACUAGGCCAAGGCAAGUUCCCUGCCCCCAAUCAGUACUACCCUGCUAGAGGCUACUAA